AUGUGCGGCAUCUUUGCCUCGCUGAGCCGCCAGCAACAUGUGCACCCCGACCGAGGCACCGCGCAGUUCCUGGACAACAGGGGCCCCGAUUGCUGCCACGCCCUAGAGCGCACCAUUGACGCUGCCGCCCGUGUGCAUGCUGUCUUCCGCUCGACGGUCUUGGCCCUGCGCGGAUCGAGCGUCGUCGCGCAGCCCCUGCUGGAUCAUGCCUCUGGCUCGGUCCUGUGCUGGAAUGGAGAAGCCUGGGAGAUCGACCAAGAGCCCGUGACCGGCAACGAUUCACAGGCUGUUUUGGAGCUUUUCCAAGACGCAUGCGGUCGAGAUCUGCCCAACUCGGCCUCUGCUGUCGUCGACUGUAUUUCCCGCAUCCGUGGGCCUUACGCCUUCGUUUUCUACGACGCAAUUGGCCACCGCCUUUUCUACGGUAGAGAUUGCCUGGGUCGACGUUCACUGCUGCAGAGCACCAACGAUGCCGGUGACUUCGUCCUCUCGAGCAUUUGUGACGGCCAUGUCAGCUCGUCUUGGCGCGAGGUUGAAGCCGACGGCAUCUACAUGGUUGAUUUGGACGCUAGCAUCUCGACCACCUUCCAUGUCACCCACAUUCCCUACCUGCAUGCAGGCACUAACGAUGUUGCCCGCCAGGCGUUGGUACUGCCAUACCCCCCACUGAAUCGCGCCGUGUCUACAAGUCCGCCUGUACUAGCCGAAGAAUCGUCGCCUGUGCACUCGCUGAGGGAUCAUCUUACGAGAUCGCUCAAACUGCGCCUGAGAAACGAGAUGCCCCCUGUGCACGGCGGCAAGCAGGACCAGAGCCUCGCGAGAAUCGCUGUUCUUUUCUCUGGUGGGCUCGAUUGCACGGUCAUCGCUCGUCUCGCGCACAAAAUUUUGCCGUAUUCCGAGCCUGUCGAUCUUCUUAACGUGGCAUUCGAAAACCCUCGUAUCCAUCGUCCCCACACCGAUAAGAGCGGGUCCGAGUAUUCGCCCUACGAGCUCUGCCCCGACAGAAUUACCGGUAGGGCUUCCUAUGCCGAACUGUGCGAGGUCUGCCCAGAGCGAGCUUGGAGGUUUGUUGAAAUUAAUGUUCCAUAUGUGGAGACGUUGGCUCACCGCGACGUGGUCAUCGCGUUGAUGCACCCGCACAAUACCGAAAUGGAUCUGUCCAUCUCGUAUGCUCUUUACUUCGCCUCCCGUGGCAGUGGCACGGUGAAGGAGCUCGCGGGCCAACAAGUCGAGUAUGCGACCCCUGCGAGAAUCCUCUUGUCCGGACUCGGGGCGGACGAGCUCUUUGCCGGAUACCAGCGCCACGCCACAGCCUUCAGCCGCAACGGCUUCAGCGGUCUUGUCGACGAACUUGAGUUAGACAUCAACCGGCUCGGUAAGCGGAACCUGGGCCGAGAUGACCGAGUCAUUUCAAACUGGGGUAAAGAAGUGCGCUUUCCAUAUUUAGACGAGCAGUUGCUCUCUUGGGCGCUGCAGGCGCCGGUCUGGGAGAAGACUGGGUUCGGACAGGACAGCAGCAGGGGCGAGAUGAUGGAGCCGGGCAAGAAGGUCUUACGACUCCUCGCAUGGACGCUGGGAAUGAGGGGAGUGGCAGCUGAGAAGAAGCGCGCAAUUCAAUUCGGAGCUCGCACGGCCAAAAUGGAGGCUGGAAAGGUAAAGGGGACGCAGGCAAUAAAAUAA